AUGUCCGAUCCAAACAACAACAACUUUAAUGGCGGCAUUGCAGUGGCUAGCAACAACAACAACAACAUCAUCAGUAAUAGAUCAAAGGGUCAUUCAAAUGUCAAAGAGUUAAAGAGAUUGUUUGAAUCAAAGAAGGUGGUCGUGUUGGAUAAGCUCAGUUCAUUGAAGUCAAGUAACAAAUACAAGAAUCAAUCAUCAAACAACAACUCGACCGUCACAUCACCUUCACUGCCAUCGACGACGCCACAAGUCACCGUUGGGUUCACUACAACAUCAUCAAGCAGCACUGGUAAUCUAGCAACACAUACUACUCAAUCAAAGCAACAACAACAACAACAGAGACAGACAACGACAUCAACAUCAACAUCAACACUCUCAUCAUCACCUCCAACAACUACAACAACAACAUCAACAAUAUCAUUGACGACAUCAUCAGAUAAGAUAAAUGAUGAUUACGUGUAUAGUGAGUCAGAGUUGUCGGCAAGGGAGAGGAAGUACUACUUUUACGUGAAUGAGGCGAUUAGGAAGAAUGUACCGAUAGUGCCAUCAUUGGCAAUAAGGAGGAAGUCAUUGGAUAUAACACACUCACCUAUAAAGGGCUCGAUGGUCCACUCCUCGCCAAUGUCAUCAUCCUCGUCCACACUGCGCAUACCUCAGUCAUCGAGCAAGGGCAAGACACCUACAAAGCCAACUACGUUAUCAACAUCCACGACAUCCACGACGACGACAACAACAACGCAACUCAAUAGCGAUACAAGUUGGAUCAAACUACGUAGCGAGCCGGAAAAGAAGAAGAUUGAUCCGACAUCACCACGCGCAACACUCUUGCAGACAAAGAGCUCGUAUGAUCUAAAGCCCGUGGGCUUGCUCGACUUUAGCAGCGCGAUCACAUCUCCAUCGAUCUCAAUCUCCUCGACAAAGUCCAAGGAGGAACCGACAAACACUGGCGGGAACAAGAAGGCCCCUAUGAUGUCUGUGGCUGUCACGCAGGAUGACUCAUCAGCACUGCUAUCGCCACGCAAGAAGAAGGACGAUCACCACCAUCAUCACCACAGCAGCAGCAGCGGCGACAAACACAAGGACAAGGACAAGGAUAAGAACAAGGACAAGGACAGUGAGCGAUCAAAGUACUUCUCAUGGGCUCCACUGCGCAGGAUGCGAAGAUCUUCUUCUUCGAUCGACACAUCAUCACCUCUGGCAGGAACUGCUCCCAGCGUUGUGGUUGACUCCCCUCCACUAACAGUACCAUCGCCACAGAUUAUACAAUCACCUCCCAGAGUGGACAUUAGCGGCGGAGGACGAAGUAGCAGCAGCAACACACUCAGGCCAAAGACACACCGACACCAUCUGUCCCAAUCGUCCGAGUCCGAGUCGGGUUCAUCAACAUUCCCUCAGAUUGUAGUCACAACCAACGAAGACACCUCAUCGUCGUCCAAACGAUUCGUCUCGCACUCAAUCACCAUUCUCAAGAAGGACUUGGAGCGCAUGUCAUUGUCGUCUCCCUCGUCACCCACAGGCUCGCCGUCGUCCACACCUUCGCCGGAGCCCCUCAAGCCCAAGAAGCUGAUAUCUGUAGCCAAGACCAUGCAGCGAGUCAACUCGGAGGACAUCCUCAUCAAGACGGCACGCAUCGAGCCAUCAACUUCCGAGCCCAGCUCCCCAGUGCUGUCGCCAACCAAGGCCGACGUGUCUUCAUCGGCGAUUAUACUGCCCCGUCUCGAAGCCAUGCUGCACCACACACGUGCUCGUUCGUCAUCGGUUGGUACACUGCUCGAGGCAGCCGGCAAGUAUGAGGUGGGUGACAUCCCCCCUCUCAAGGUGCAUGUCACCUCGCUGGAUGAGUGUUUGGAGCAGAUUAGCAAGCCUUUUGAGAACUCUGCCAGUGGUCGUUGCUUUGUCUUGGACCUUGCCAACUGCUCGUUGGGAGACGAUGGUGUGCAGCAGAUCGCGGAAAACUGUACGGACCCCAUCGAGAUCGCCGACCUCAGUUGGAACGACAUAACAGACGUUGGACUCCAAACAUUCGCCGACCUACUACUCAAGACCCAGUCACUAUUCACCUCCCUCAGUCUACAAGGAAAUCAAAUCCAGCCUCCCUCUCUCCAAGCUCUCUUUGACACAAUAUCACAAAUCAAUGAGAAGAAGAACUACAAAGGAUUUGGAUUGAACUUGAAGGAGACUGGAAUUGAGAAUGAAGGAGCAGAGUUCAUUGCCAACUAUGUUGGUGCCAACAGGUAUCCACCAAUGAUUGGACUGAAUCUGACUUGUGCCAGUGUGACAGACAUUGGAAUGAGCCAUAUCUCAUCUGCCCUGGUCAGGAAUACAUUCCUCACCACUCUGAUUCUGGACGAGAACUACCUUGGCGAUGACGGAGCAUGUCUGCUGGCCGAAGGUCUCAAGUUCAACAAGUCACUCACACAUCUCCAGAUGCGCAACACGGACAUUGGUGAGCGCGGCACAAUCGAACUGUGCAACACUUGUAAAUUCAGCACGAGCAUCGCGUUGCUCGACCUCUCGCUCAACCCCUGGCAGCUCAGCGGCGAGAUCGCUCUGCAGUCACUACUCAACACCAAACAGAUGAUGAGCAAGCGACAAAAGAUCGUAGUGCCCAGAGUUCUCUGGAAGGACGAGGGCAUUGGCGAAUGGGAGGAUGAGGAGGUACAACAGAUACUCCAGCACUUUGGAACAGAGAAGCUUGUUGACUUCCUCAUCAACGGUCUAUCUCUGUCGCCGCUCAUCCAACAAGACAAAUUGUUUGAGCACUUCAAGCUGGACACGACACAUCUCUCCAAGAUCUUCCAGCACAUUGUCAGUGUCGAUCCCAAGCUUCCCGACAACUCCAGUCACUGUCUCAAACUCCUCGUCGAGCUAUUACCAACACAUCUCAACAAUCACAUCUUCCUCACAUCUUUCAUCAAUCAUCUUCCAUCACUUGUAUCAAUAAUUGAUAGAGCUUUCAAGAGAGUGGACAUGUUCUUCCUCAAACUACUGGAGUUCUUCAACCUGUUGAUUAGAUCAGAGAACAUACAAUGCUUUGAGAAGCUUAACGAAUGCAGUAUCUUUGCAAUGUGUUUGGAUCUACUGUUUGACUUCCCUACCAACAAUAUACUGCACCAGACUGUACUCAACCUAUUCAUCUCAACAACCAAGUGUUCCAACUUCUCAACCUUUGAACAGAAUAUAUUCAAGGUUGACUAUCUAAGCAAAUUGAUAACAUUCUUAACAUUGGAAUACGAUAACAUACCUGGCAAUAGACGACCGAACUUUGGACAUUUACUCGAGAUAUCCAACUUGUUGAGCAAGUCCUCAACGAAACAUCCAUUCCUCACAACAAGAGAGUGGAAGGUGUACAAGCGUGACGUGCUGGACAAGGAGAUGCAACUGCAGGAGAGCUUCCUCUGCGGCUUUGUACCCGACAAGAAUCUCAAGCUGGACAAGUCGCUCUUGGACAAGUUCGAGAAGGAGUUCAAGAAGUAG